AUGCCGUCCUUGCCGCGCAAGGUUAUAAAGGGGGUUGUGGACGGCUGUCAGCAAUCUGAUUGCACUCUUGUACGAGGGGAGACAGCAGAAAUACCAGGUCUCCAUGCGGAAGGUGAAUAUGAUCUAUGUGGUUCUGCUGUUGGUGUUGUGAAGAAGGAUAAGGUCAUUGACGGAAAAAACAUAGUUGAGGGUGAUAUUCUUAUAGGUCUUCCUUCCAGUGGGUUUCAUUCUAAUGGAUUCUCGCUCGCGACAAGAGUACUGGAGAAAAGCGGACUUUCCUUGAGUGACCAACUCCCAAUAAAUGAUGGCAUGACAAGUACUAGUAUUGGUGAAGCUCUCAUGGCACCAACUGCCAUCUAUGUUAAGCAGGUGCUUGAGAUUAUUGGCAAUGGUGGUGUAAAAGGACUAGCCCACAUUACUGAUGGUGGACUUAAUGAAAAUAUCCCUAGAGUACUUCCCUCUGGACUCGGGGCGAAGAUUAUUACUGGAUCAUGGGAAGUGCCACCUGUCUUCAAGUGGCUUCAACAGGUUGGAAACAUUGAUGAUGCAGAAAUGUGGCGAACAUUCAAUAUGGGCAUUGGAAUGGUUCUCGUGGUGAGCGCAGAAUCAGCAGACAGAAUUAUCCAAGACACGCAUGGAUCGAAUCCUGCUUAUCGCAUUGGAGAGGUGAUCCAGGGCAAGGGAGUACACUAUGCCUGAGCUUUUAAGCCUUCAUAGUUUGUAGUAGCUUGAGAUUUGCACUGUUAGUCAGCUGGGCGAAAGUGGCCCAUUUUUUGUGACGAUAAUAAUCUUUAUGGGGUUAAGUUCUGAAGUGAUAGUAGUUGUUCGCUUAUUUUCCCACCGGUAAAGUGUUGGGCA